CAUCGACUGCCGGAUUGUGGAGCUCUCGAUGAUACAGGCGUAACAUCGACGACACAUCUUCGCGAUCCCCAACCGGACAGUCCUGCGUGUCGUUGAUCCGUUGCACGGCCGAGGAAGCGGUGUGGCUCUCGCGAAAGGAUCAUAAUGGCUACCGCACAAUUGAACAGAGCCAGAACUGUGAAGAAGCUCGAGAAACCACGGCCGCUUAAACUCAACCAGCGCAACUCGACCGUCGAUGGGCGGAUCACGACUGUAGAGGAUAUAGUGUCCUUAAUCGACAAUGUUGCGAUGCAACUGACUAAUGGCUUCCAUGACCGAACGCUGCAAGUGAAUGUUAUCUCCAUGUGUAGUCAUCUGAAACUCUAUGCCAACCAAUUAGAAGCUAUAUACAAAGAUCAGCUGGACCGGGCUUUUGUGGCGAUCAGGAAUGGGAGCCAGGACGAUAGAUUAGAUCUGACGACCAGGGUUCAUCUGCUGGAACUCAUCGAGCUGCGAGCGAAACAAUGGCGUCAUACCGAUUCAAUGGACGUGUAUUACAUGCAAAAGUUGUCGCAUCUAGACAAUCAGACCGAGGCGGUACCCGAUACACCGACGAACUCCCUGACAUCCCCGUUAUUGGCGAUGACUUCUCCCACUUCGGCGCCAAUAUUGGGACCCGGUGAAGUAAUCAAGAACAGCGGAAAAUUCGCUAAGCCUACGCGCAUACCGGGAAAAAAUUAUUGCAAAGAUGAAGUCGUCAUUCGCAAUAGCGAUUCGGGAAAAGUGAUGGGAAUAAAAGGGCGGCGAGUUCACAUGAUAGAAGAGCUCAGCCAGACGAUCAUCUCCUUCCAGCGAGUAAACCCUGGAGCUAAAGAACGACUUGUCCAAAUCACGGGAACGUCCGAGGACAAGAUUCAUUACGCGAAGGACUUAAUCAAAGAUACGAUUCAACGAAAUGCAUCGCCAGUGAGACUGGAGCAAAGCUCGGGUGGCGAGAAGGGAGCCAUGGGUGGCUCCAGCUCCUCGCUCAACAGUAGCGCAUCAGACGAGAGCAACCGACUGCAGCAGCACAAUCAGCAACAGCACAACUCCCGCUUGCGGUCUUCUCUCCUGCACAGUUUCUCCACUAACGACGCCAGUAUAGGCGAAUACAAGUACACCGUUACCGUCGGUAACCAGUCCCUCAAGAUUACGGGUUGCAACCUCGACCUCGUCAGGACGGCAAAGCUGGUGCUGGACGAACACUUCCUGGGUGAUUCCGAGAAUCAUACUAGCGGAAUAGAGUACUUUAACUAUGAGGAAGAACCUAGCUUCACCGUGACCACCACUUCCACCCCCCACGUUCCCCGUAUGCCGUUGUCACCGUUGGACAACGUGAAUGCUUCUUCCGCUCUGGGACGACAGUUGAGUGUGGACAGCGCCGCGACUUCCUCAGAGAGCGAAGAAACAUACAAGCCUCGUCCGAUCUCCGAGGAGCAGCGCACAACUCAACAAGUUCCAGAGGCAAGAGAGCUCACGUACGAGUUUCUUCUGCUGUGCGCAUCGGGUCCGUACGCGAAGCGGCCCCCCACCGACUGGGCGCGCAUACAGAAGGAGUGCCCCAAUAUAGUUCGCAAGGCACCGAUUCGCUGGUUCGAACCGGAGGCAUACAAAGCCAAACUAGCAGCCGCUGGUCCCGUUGCGAUAUUGCCGAUCGGCGAAGCGGAAACCGAUCCUGAAUGAAGCGAUAGAGUCAAAUUGCGGCUAUCUUUCCGCGUUAUCUCCUCGUACACCCCGACGAUAAAUUCUCAGAAAGCUGCGCGCGCUGUGUCGGUCGUGACAAAAUUGCGACACGUUUUAUUCUCUUGGGUUUAUAAAAGAAAAGGAAUCACUUCCUCGGAGGAAAUAGAGCAUAGACGUUGAGAAACGUAUCGAUUCUUCCGACAAAAAUGUGAAGAAAUCGUUUUUCUAACAUUUACGGGACGCGAAUCCCAUAUCUGUAUCGUUUGAUACGCGCUUUAAAACAAUUGAUUACGCUAGUCAUUAGAGUGAAAAAAAAAUAUUCUAUUUAUUGAGAAAUUAUUUAUGAGAGAUUAUUUUGCUUUUCAAUUGAAUGCACAUUGUGCGAGCCGCGCCAAUUCUGAGUGUGAGACGGUGCGAAACGCGCGCGCGAUUUAUGCAGUCAGCAUAGACAAUUUCAAAGCACAAAAGCAAGAGAAACGUUGUAUUAGUUAUUAAUCAAGUAACGGGAUAUACAUACUGAUUGAUUGAAGAGCCACACGUUGAAAGACAGUUAUUAAUUUUCGUACGUCGUAGUUGCGGUAGAAUCGUUAGCGUUAGAAAUUAGAGUUGUGCAAUAUUCCUAAGAAGACUACAUCUCUUUUUUUCUUUUUUUUUUAAACGAGAUCAUGAUUUAUAAUGAUUUUGCUAUUCGCCUACUUUGGAAUCGAGGAAGAGUCUCGAUCUUGAAGAAAAGAUUAAUCGUGAAAGACUAAUACAUACUUUAGGAGAAACUAGACUAGAAUACGUUACAAAAACAAUUCUAUGCUCUGUAACACAAUUGUAAAUAGCAGUUUCUCUCUUUCUUUUUCUGAAAACAAUUCCAGAUUUCGCAAUGCGGCGGGAUUCAAAUUUCGCGUGUAACACGUGCGUUAUACGGAGGAAGAUCAAAUCGGUGAUUUAGCAUAGUCUAGUCCACCUAUUUCAACGUAGGAACCACUCUGGUAUUUACUCUGCUGUGAAGCAAUAACCAAAAAAAAAAAGAAGAAAAAAAAGAAUAAGAGAAUUGAGAAUUUUAUCGAGAGUUUAUAUUUUAUAUACACUAAAAGCGUCCGUGCCAUGUGCAGUAUGUGUGCGUGAGGAUCGUCUGGUCGCGUAAUUGAUACCGUCUGCUGCUCACUGCAAGGUAUCGUUUUAUGCAAUAUCGCGCUCGAAUUACAAAACUCUUAAACAGGAUUGUUAUGUCAUUGCGUUGACUAAUUCCUUUUCCUACAUUAGUUCGAGAAUCACUUUGCAAAAUUUGUAUGCCUCGUGUAUGUAUGUUUAGCAAAUAAAAAAAUGCAAAUAAAAUCAAAAUAAAUUGCAAAACGGAUGAAAAGAUACGCAAUCUUAAUAUUUAAUCAGCUGGCUCGUGUAUUUUGCGAACAAGGCUCUCCUCGACCUCCUCGCGUAUUGCAAAAGUUUACUGCACAAUGUCCGGAACACUUACGUUCGUCUUUAAGUUUUUACACAAUUUAAUAUUUAUUACGAGAAUUUACACUCUGUUUACUUCGAUUAAAUUAUAUAUAAUUUAUUUCUAUCAUCUCUCUCUCCGACUAACUGCGCAAUAACGUAAUGGUACUAUAUUGUAUUAUUGUACUUUGUCGUUUAUAAUAAUAAAUCAACAAAGACACACA